AUGGAGCAGCAGUUCGAUGUGUUGCAGACGCUUGGAAGGGGCAGCUUCGGGGUGGUGAGAAAGGUACGGCGGAAGGCCGACGGCAAGACGCUGGUGGUCAAGGAGAUGGACUACGGCGCGGCGGACGAGAAGCAGAAAGAGCAGAUCGUGGCCGAGGUGAAUAUUCUACGCGAGCUGCGGCACCCUUUCAUCGUGCGCUACUACGACCGCAUCGUGGAUCGGAGGAGGACUCGGCUGCACAUCGUCAUGGAGCACUGCAGCACCGAUCUAGCCAGGGUCAUCAAGACGAGGAGGCUCAGGGGGGAGUACUUGGACGAGUCGUUCCUGUGGAACCUCAUGUGCCAGGUGGUGGUGGCUCUCGAGUUUUGCCACGGCCGUGUGGGGAAGGAAGGUUCGAGGAGGCCGAUCAUCCACCGAGACCUCAAGCCCGACAACGUCUUCCUCACCAGCGACAAUGUUGUCAAGUUGGGAGACUUCGGGCUGGCGAAGGAGCUCAGCGGCGCGCAGCUAGCAGAGACCAGCGUGGGCACGCCGUACUACAUGUCCCCCGAGCUGAUCAACGAGCAGCGUUACGACGAGCGCACCGAUGUCUGGUCCCUCGGCUGCUUGAUGUACGAGGCAGCGGCACUCACGCGCCCUUUUGAUGCGCACAACCAGCUGGCCCUGGCGAUGAAAAUCAACACCAGCAAGGUGGCGCCGAUCCCUUCUCGCUACUCCCUCGACCUGUUCGCCACUAUCGAGUGGAUGCUCAGUAAGACGCGGCACAAGCGGCCUCGGAUGGAGGACCUCGCCAAGGUGCCGGGGCUACAGCUGCCCCUCCGAGAAAACCGCCUCCUCGUACAGGAGUUCCAGCUCGAACAAAGCUACCUUCGCCGCCUGCGGACCCUAAGGUCGCGAGAGGUGGACAUCGAGCGCCGGGAGGCCGAGCUAGCCACGGGCGAGGCUAGGCUCCGGUACCGCUCGGAGCGGGCCCUGGCCGCCCUUAGCUCCCAGCGGGAGCGACGGAAGGAGGAGGAGCAGGAGGGCGAUAGUAAUAAGCGCACCGUCGCAGGCGGUGGUGGACAUCCGGGUUGUUGUUUCUGUUUCCCCCGGGGGUCGUCUCCGCCGGCGGCGAGGGUUGGAGCGGGGAACGGCCACGAGGCAAGGCCGUCGCCGCCCCCGCGGCUGCACCACCGACAGCCCCAUCACAACCUCGACGUACAAGACCAGGAACGGCAGAAGCGGCAGCAGCAGCAUCAGCAGCAGCAAGCUCCGUCCCCUGCAAGCCUUGCUCGGCAAGCUUCACAGCAAGCCCCGUCCCCUGCGAGCCUUGCUCGGCAAGCUUCACCGCAAGCCCCGUCUCCUGGGAGUCGUGUUCGGCAAGCUUCGCCCUCAACGACGGGCAGCUCGUCCGCUUUCGGUGGUAGGGAGGCGGUGGCGGAUAGAGGUGCCGCUGCGGGGGAACAGCGGAAGACUCCCCGCCGGGAAAGGGAGUGUCGCGGAGUGGCGGGGGAGGACGUGACGACGCUGCUGCGACGGAGGAGGAGAAGGGGGGCUGAUGAUACUGCUGAAGGAUCUGCUGCACCGGGUAGCGGUGGUUCCGAUACCAGCCGGCGAGGGGAGGACGUUGCAAAGCCAGAGUACUGCUACGCUUCGCUAACCGGCGAUAAGUCAGACCUCCGGACGCCUAACGCCGCGGACGCUACCACUGCCGUGCUGGACUACGCGUCGUUGGUCCUCCACAGAGACACCUCUCGCCACGUCUCGCCGAUCGCACACAGGAGCAGCAGCGGUAGCACCGACGCCGACAGCGGCGAGAGGGUGGUCGGCAGGGAGCAGGGCGAGAGCGCCGUCAGGGAGCGAGCGAGUGAAUGCGGCAGUGGCGGCCGCGGGGACCCCAACAGUACGGUAAAAAUGGCCGAUGAUGGUGGUGAUGAUGAUGCCGUCGGCACGACCGCCGUCGUCUCGCCCCCUCGCCCGUCCUCCUGUCUGGAUGAAACCGUCCCGAUGAGCUCGCAUGACGGCGGGGCCUUCGCGGCCCCGCCGUGCGUGGCGGCGGCGGGAGCGACGCCGCCGCCGCCGCCGCGCAGGCAGCAGCCGCGCAAUCGGUACCGCUACAGCCGCCACGACGAUGAGGACCGCGCGUCUUCGCCGGCCGGUGAGGGACGGCGGCGGCGGGCGAGAGGCGGCUGGGACGACAACGGGGGGGAGUUGCACUCUACGAGGACAGAGGCGGUGAUGGCUGCCGGGAGGAGGGCCAGGGAGUCCUACGCCGGCUUCAUGGAGACGAUAGCGGCGGCGCGAGAUCUCGGCACCUGGGCAGCCCCCGUGCCACCACCACCACCACCGCCAGCACCGCCGCAGCAGCGGCGCGACCACGGCGUCAACAACAACCACGACAAGGAGAACGCCUACGCCUCCUCCCCCGCCGCCGCCGCCGCCGCCGUCGCCGCCCCCACCGCGGCGGCGGAAUAUUCGCAAAACACGGCGCCGCUUGCGGAACUCCCGAACGGGCGUGCCGCCGGGACACCGCACAUCAGCAGUUUGAUGGCGUCGGUGUCGGCGCGGGCACGGCCGGCAGGCGAGGGAGGGGUUACCGGAGGAGCGCCAGCAGCGAAGUCACUGCGCCGGCGGGAAUUAAUGGGGGCGGCGGCGCCUUUGUCGCGACACCGCCGCCUGUCGGAGAAAGGACGGCCGCCGUGCCGCCGGCUUCGGGGGCCGGGGUUGGCGCCACCGCCGCCGGUAGCGGAGGCGUGCGUCGACCGGGGGUAGUGUCGGCAGCGGACGACAUGCACCUUGCGGCGGUGGCGAUGGCCCGCGCUAGGAUAGGAAGAAUAUCGUCGAGGUUUUGAUGACGUUCUUGAUUUUCUCGAGUUAUCGUGAUAUCGAUGGAUUGUGUUUUAUUUAUAUGUGUAAUUUCUGUUGUAUUUGAGUUAUCGUAAUAUGGAGCUCGUGGCCGAGGGAGACGAGUGGAAGGGGGACGUGUAAGCAACGUUGAUGGUGUCUUUGUUUAUCAGACCGCGUUCAUGCGAAUCGCGUCGCUAUUUUAGCAGUUGUGGCAGGACUCUUGGGCUGGUUUAGUUCUCUGUAUUUUUUUUUUGGACCAGGGCGCAGUUGAAGGAUCGCCCGAAAUCGAGUAUGCGCCGGAUAUUUAAAGGAAUCUAGUUAGGAUGUCAGGUGUUGGCUUCGAUUUUCAUAGUUUAUGAAAAAAGACUAGUGAAUUGGGUUUGAUCAGUUUUCCGUGAUGCCGUCCGUGUAGGUGUUGACACCUGUCAAGAGAGAAAAAUCGCCGAUUGUUGUAGCUCACAUUGAUUGGCCUUGUAUUUAUGAGGUGCGAAUUUAUCAAGAAGAAUCAAAAUCGGGUUCACUGCCCGGGAAGGGCAGAUUGCCUUGAG